GAUGGUGAAAAUUUGUAACUACAGUAGCUUGAUAUUUGCAGGAAAUGUAACUGUUUUAUUAAUUAUUUCAAUGACAACUGACUAUUGGGAAUACAGAGGGUUUAAUUCAACUUUAUUAAAUUCAACGUUAUAUCAAACUAAAAACGCUGAAAUUAUGUUACCUCGUGAUACAAAAUCUUAUACUCUGCUUUGGUAUAAAAGAAAAAAUAUCAAAAAGUUCAACAACGAAAAGGAGCCUUUAUUGCAACAAGAAACUUUAUAUCAACCGCCAAUAUUUGUCAGCAACUUUUUCAGACUCGACACUGAAAACACAAGUAUGCAGAAACAAAAGUCUUCAAUUAUAACGUCCGAAUUAGAAGGAGGGAUGGUGGUAUUAUUUCAAGAGUAUGGUAACCUAUUCAGGGAUUGUGAUGCAUUAGAAGCCGGAGUCCGCCUACGUUUGUCUAUUACAGAAAUGAGAACGAGUCAGUGUGAAUAUCUUAGUGGAAGAGACAUACCAUUUUCACAACAUUCCAGAAAUGUAGCUCAUUUAGAGCGAGCAGCAUGUGCCUUUGCCUUAUUAUGUAUGAUAUCAAUGGUAGUUGGAUUAGUGUUGGGAGGAUACGGACUUUUAGGCAAAAAUUUGAAAAUGUUUGUAUGGGCUUCAAUUUGUUCUCUGACAGCAGGUAUGUUGUUGACCCUAGCAAUCGCCUUAUUUCACGGGAAAUCUCAUAUACUACGCAAAUCAGAGCUUUUGAGUGGUUAUUUAAUACCAUUUCAAAAAAUCAUAAAUGAAUCCAGAACUUACAGUUUUGGUUGGUCAUUUGUAUUGGCUUGGAUUUGUGUGUUUCUGUGUUUUACGUCAUCAUUUGUUUGGCUUUACAAAGCACAAGAUCCGCAAAAUGCUCGAAAACCAGGAACACAAUACUAUGUAAAACAUCGAACUCACCAAGGCAUCGAAUAUAUGUCGUAUAUACAAGAUAAUGAAGAAUUGUAGCAG